AUGGGACUAAAAUCCAGGAAGGCGGCGGCGGCGGCAGCAGCAGGAGCAUCGCCGCCGCUACCACCUCCAGGGGCUGAUGGUGGUGGCAGCGGCGGCCACGUCGGGGACGAGAAGAAAGUGGGGCUGGCCGCUGGGGACCUGGAGCAGGGCGCUCUGGCUCUAGGCGCCGGGGCAGACAAAGAUGGGACCCUCCUGCUGGAAGGGGCGGGCAAGGAAGACGGUGGCAAGAGGUCCGCGCAAGGGAUUGGGCUGCUGGCCAAGACGCCGCUCAGCCGACCCGUCAAGAGGAACAACGUGAAAUACAGGCGGAUGCAAACUUUGAUCUACGACGCCCUGGAGAGGCCGAGGGGCUGGGCGCUGCUCUAUCACGCCUUCGUGUGAGUCGCUGCUGGCACCCCAUGACACCUGGGCGCGCGGUUGAUGGAUUGCUUGCGCGAUGGGCCAGGGUAAAAUGUUCGGGGGGUGGGUGGGUUGGAUGGGACCAGGGGUGAGGAAUCAUGUCCAUAUGGGUUGGCAUUCCUCAGUGGGAUGGAUAUUAGGAGGGGGGCUGUCAUUUGGUGGGCCGAUGCCACGAUGCCAACAACAACAUGUUUCUGGUUGGGUUCUAGCAAGCUGCAGACCCAGAUCCUGGAACGGAGAGCGUAGCUUUAGGGCCGUUUCCCACGUUAUGUGGCAGCACACACGGGUUUGCUGCAGCAAAGGGGUGUGCAGACAACCCAGCCGGGAGUUGCACUUGAUCCCGGGCUCCCAGUAAGAUGCACGUGUCUGCAAAUCCACCUCGGUGGUGUUUUGCGUUUUGUGCUGAAUGUAAUGUGUGAAUCAGCCUUUGGGAAGGCUCGUGGCACGCAUGUAACGCUCAGAGAUGCUUCUCAUUCACGUGCCUCUUUUACCCAAAGGGUACUUUGCAAGAAACCGUGGUGGUUUGUAAGGGGAGAAAAACACCCUGGUAAAUAAAUCUGGAUUGGUGAUGGCGGGUUGUGGGUUAUCGGCAUAGGAAAAAAAGCAUAUGAAUUCUGGGUUGUUGGGGAAAACGCGUGAUAAGAAUUUGCUUUCUGAGGUGGACUAAUCGCUAUCAAUAGCUAGGGUGCGUUCCGAUAACGGAGUUAAAUUGUGGCACUAGGUGAUCGGCUGGGUUCUUUUCCUGCAAGGUAAAACCUUCCACGAUGUUGGAUGAUGGAAGCUCGUUGCAAAGAUAGAAAGCAUGGCUUUAUUUUCUUCCUGUAAAAAAAAAGGGGGGGGCGCUCUGAGCCCUCGAGAGAUGCAACGCCUGAAGAUGUGAGGGCUGUGAUAACGUAAUGUUAUCUUGGUCACAUGGAAGAGAACAUGUUUUCCUGAAAGUCGAAAGCGCUCAAGGUGUUGUGGGGAAUUUGCCAUAGAAACAGGAAUGUUUGAUGAUCUGGCUGUGGUGCUUUAUCAUUCUAGUCUAGGCAACAGCCUCAUGGAAACUUGUUGUCAACAAAAAGAAUUGCAGGCGGUUGUUUGGGUCCCUGUGUGUGUUUCUCCGGGAGCAACACUUGUGCUCUUUUUUUGGGGGGGGGGGCGAUAUGAUGUUCUCUGGGGAGUUUGUAAAAAGGCAGGUAGAUUGAAAACGCUGCUUCAAAGACGCUUCUCCAGAUGGGUUGUGAAAAGGUUUAUUCGUUUUUUAAAAAAUGAGACGCCCCUGAAACGCACCUCUGCAAUUAAAUAUGGAGAUGAAUAAGCUUUUUUCUGUUUUUAAGGAAAAGCAAGAUCAGCGAGAAAUUAAAACAACAAGGAAACAACACUGCUUUAGCGGUUCGGACCAAGAGUCCACUUAAUACUGGAUUUUCUUUUCAGCGCUGGUCAGCUGCACUACAUCCACAAUCUGGGUGUGAAGGUGGUUACUGUCUGCACCUGCUGUUUGCAG